UUUUCUGCUAUUAUUAUAGAGAGUGUGUGUGGUCAAUGAGGAUAUAUUUACUACUAUUAUUGCUUUUAGUAUCUAUACAUGAUACUAUGGCAGAUUUACCGAAUCCAAUAUUCUCAGAGUUGGCAUUUAUUGUAAAUACAACAGAUAUAAGCAGUAUGUACAAUAUUAUCUAUUCGACAGCUAUUUCAGUAAGCUGUCAAGACUUUCAAGCUGUUCGAUUGACUUCAAGAGAAUAUACACCCACUAAUAGAGUAUUGCUCAAUUUUGGAUAUGGUUGUCAAAAUACAACAAUAAACAAUAUUCACGAAAUGAAUUAUAAUAGUACAAACAUUACAGCAAUUCAAAACAUGGAAACCAUCGCUCUAGUCAAAAGAGGUGUUUGUAAUUGGAGUGAAAAGAUAUCAGUUAUAAACAGUUUAUCAGAUACAAACUAUCUAAAUAUUACAGCUGCAUUCAUCUAUGAUAAUCAAACUUAUGACGAUGUUGCCAUAAAAACUACACUUUAUCAAACAUCAACCACAUUUCCUACUUAUCCUACACCACUUCCUAUUGAAAGAUCUGCACUAAACAUGACAGACAAUGACUUGACCGAAUCCAGAAUAGGCGUUUACUUUGUUCCUUACAAGUAUGGAAAUUCACUUAAAUCUAAACUCAACAGUACAUAUGAUGCCACAAACCCAGCCAUUCGAACACUUUGGUCCAUUACGACCUACUUUCCUCAAGAUAACCCUUCAGAAGGGUUUAUCGGUACCAUCAGGGGUUAUUUGGCGUACAUCAUAGCCCUUGCUGCUAUAUUCUUGAUAGGUAUCGUCUUUUUACGCUGGUGGAGAAUACGUCGAUUGAGAGAUGAAAUUCCCAAUGACCCAAAUGAUACCAACGCAAUUCAUCUAUCACAAAGAGUUCAUCAACCAGAUCCUCUUCCCGUCGAUAUCGUGAAUGCUUUACCUAUAAAACUGUACGAACCAGGAGUAUCAAAAAAUAUCAAUUGCGCGAUAUGUUUGGACGAUUUUGUCCUGGGAAAAAGUGAUGUUCGUAUCUUGCCUUGUGGCCAUGGAUUCUGUGUGUUGUGCAUUGAUCCAUGGUUAACGCAGAAGUCGACAGUGUGCCCGAUCUGCAAAUGGGAUUGUUUACCAACUGAUUUGCGACAGGAAAGAGAGGCUCAGGGAAGUACAAGUCAUAGUGAUGUUAGUAAUUCAAAUGCUCAAGCUAUCAAUAUGGAACCACCAGUCCCUGAAGAUUCCAUGACAACGGUUACACAACCAAAUGUGAACCGUGAAAUUCAUGAGGCCAGUCCCCCUGUGGAAACAGACCAAACAGUAGAUAGUCACACUAUAGGUACAGCUCUUUCGAUAUCACCUAGAGAAAAUGAAGGUCAUGAAUCUACUUCUACCAAUGAGAAACCAAAUGAAACGGAUGAGACCAACCCGCCUAACCAGCGCCAGGGCGAAGGCACUUUCUCAAAUACUACACAGCCGUAAUCAAAUCGUGAUGUAAAUAAGUAUGACACUAGGCUGGCUAUACUUGUGUUUAUGCUUGUAUAUUAUAUAUAAUUUAUUUACUUACUACUCAUAAUAUCAUUAUUGUAUAAUAAACUAUUUGUGUUCUACUUGUCCGUAG